CAAAGUGAAAAAUAUAAUUGAAGAGUAAACAUCACCUAAGUGUAGUUUAUAUAAAACGUCUAGGCAUCAUAUUUUCGGUCAUCUCAAAAUAAAAAUUCGAAACUAAAUUGCUCAAAAACCCAGGAACACACUUUGAACGUCGGAAAAAAUGACGAUUCUAGCAAAAUUAACAGGUGAAAAGAAGGAUUUGGAGAAGGUUCCGCUUCCAUUACAUCUCAACGAUGAAGCCAUUAUGCAUCAUGGCUCACUGAUCAGUCCAAAGGGAGCGUACAGCGAUGCCGAUACCGAAUCAAUGGUUUUCAAUCGGCCGCAAUAUAAUUGCCUAAAGUCGUUUCUUUUGUUCCUGAUCGCCAUUAUCGUGAUGCUAAUGGGUGUACUGGGUGGCUGGACACUCUAUCGUUUAUAUGCCCCGAAUCAUUCCAGCAUGCGCUAUCACGCCCUCUGUGACAUACCAUAUAAGGAAGACUCGAUGGAAUUGCCACGUUUCUAUGCACGCAACGACGACUCUUUCGCCUUGAACUGGCGCUCCCUAUUGCCCCAAUUGUCGGGGUCCCCAAGUGCGAGCAACAGUAUGGGCGGCCAGUUCGAUGAGCUAGUCAACGAUAAUUUCUUCCGCGAGGAAAUCGAGUUGAAUAGCGGCGAUGACGAUGGCUAUGCCAAGAUCGAUGUACCGGACUUUAAGGAUGGUCGCCACGGGCGCUUCAUGCAUGACUUCAAGGAAAACCAGUCAGCCAUUAUUGAUACCACCACUAAUCGGUGCUUCAUCAUGCCCCUGGACAGGGAGACCACACUUCCUCCCAGCAGCUUUGUUGAUCUGAUGCAGAAAAUGGGAUCAGGCUACUAUAACAUUGAUACGGAGCGAGUUCGCCGUAAUAUGCGUGUCAUUACACCACGUAUCACCGAUCUCUCGGUCAUCUCGGAGCGCAUAGCCAACGAAUGCUAUGACAUGAAGGUGUACAUGAUGGAGAAGUUUGUAUCUGGGGUGGCCAAGCGCUCGGUUGAUCCUCUGCCAGAUGCCGGCAAGUAUGCAGCUUUCAUGGGAAAGGGCGUGGUUGAGUAUGAUCUGUCAAACAUAGCCGAGGUCGAGGCCUACGAGGCGAACGAGGCCCAGCAGCAUCAGGCCGCCUAGGCUCCAAUUGGUCGUAUGCUCCAAAUGUUUUAAAUUAUUUACAUAGAAAAAAAAAA